GCAUCGCGUAUUGCCGUGGCCCGAUCGUCGCGGACGUUUACCACCUCGCUCGCUGCUCAAAAGACGGCCUCCGAGACGGUUAAGGAUGAGCUCAAGCACAUUGACAGAGUUGUGAGCGACAAGCUUGUGGAUGGAAUCAACCUUGCCUCCGCCGCAUCACAUAAAGUCAGAGAAACAGCCGAAGACCUGUCCAACAGCGGUGUCGCCGAGCAGGUCGAAGGUGAAGCCGCUCACGCCAAAGGCAAGGCACAGGAGAUGAAAGGUCGCGCCCAGGGCAAGAUGUCAGAAAUGUCAGGCAAGGCUCAAGAGAUGAAGGGCAAAGCAAAGGGAGCUGCUGCAGAGACAAAGGGAAAA